CUCAUGCCCACGGAUUCCUGUACACAAAACCCCCUUUUUGACAAAAGAGCCCCAGUAAAGAAAGAGGUAGGUAACCUCCGCUAUUCGAAAGGGAGCGAAACGCAGAAACCCCGACGACCCGCAUCCCUGCCUGCCCGCAUUGGCUGACGGCGUCGCCAUUGUAACGUCCCGCCAUCUAUCGCAGAGAUGACUAAGCAGCCAUUGUGAUAAAGCCAAAAGGCGGUAAGUGUAGCAUCAUUACAUUGUCCAUCAAAGCAAGAACCGUGCCUCGUGUGAUCGUCAAUCAUGGGGACAUCCGUGAAAUGGACGGACAUUCGCGUGAAGCUCAAGGCGAUCGCAUAUUACAGAAGUGUAGGGAACAAAUCUCUAACGGCCAAAAUGUUCGGAGUGAGUGACAAAACGAUUGCAAAUUGGAUCAAGGGUGAACACCGGCUUCGGGCUGAGGGACCUUCAAAGAUACGACGUUGCCAUGCCGAAUCAGUUGCGCUGCUGGAACGGAGCAUGCUGCGCUACGUGAAUGAUCGGAGCCGACGGGGAAAAACAAUCAGGUACGAUGAGCUGGUGGAGCACGCCGCAGAACUGAAGAAAGCGCACAAGGUGAGAGGACUGCCAGUGUCACUCGUAUGGGUGACAGAGUUCGUCACCAGACAUCAUCUGCGAUCAAAGUGCGAGAAAUUGAAGCCUUCCACACCACAGUCGACGCCCAAAACGGAUAAAGCGCCGAUGCCUUCUAAAGCGAAGACGAAAAAAGAACAUCGCACACCCAAAGCACAAACGGCUAUCAAAAAGGCAGCGAGUAAAUGUCUGAAAGCGGCUCUGAAAGGUCCAAACAAACUCGCGCAGAAAAAGGCAGGCUUAGUAAUAAAUCUCCCCAAAAAGAAGCAUAAAACUGUCAACAAAAACGAUAACCCCAAAAAGAAAGGUAGCGUGCAUGCGGGAACGACGACGAGUAAGAAAAUCUCACUGCCAAAAAGCAACUUGAAAAAAGUGAUUGCAUUGUCUAAGAAGGUCUUGUCCAAAGCCAAAACAAAGAGUGAAGACAAGCAAAAGCUGAUACCACAUGCCGAGAAAAAAAUGGGACAGUCACCAAAGAGGGCUACACCCAAGAAAAGCAGCAAACCAAAAUCUGUUCAGAGGCCUAAGAAUCCGAUCAAACCGAAGUCCACUGUGAGUGCUGCAAAACAGUCUCUGAGGAGGGCAAAACUACUGGCUUGCCGUACCAAGGAGUCGACUUCAAGCGCAGCCAGUCGAGCAACAUGUUCUCUGCGCACGGCCGUUGCGCAGAAAUUGCACAGUGCCAAACAGAUGAAGCGGCGGCGACAGCCCACAAAGAUAUUCCGGACCCGCUACAGGAUCAAGGAAAUGCAGCGCAGAAUCGAAGAAAACCGAGCGUCCGAUUUCUUCGACUUCUUCUAUGGCCUUGGCUUGAUUCCCGUCAGCAAAGAUCCAGACGACUCCUGGUGUUACCCACUGCUUAACAGCGUUCAGCUGUCCCCGUGCUCCAGUUUCCCAUCCAUGUCUGACACCACACUGCCUUUGGCACCUCGUGAAGUUCCUCAAAGUCCCACGUCUCCACGUACGAGGCGAUACCUGGCUUGGCGACCACGCCCUUCUUUAGUGACGCCCCCACCGAAGGAUUGUGACAUGGUCCAGAGAACUCCGGGAGGAUUCAUUAAACAAGAGCCCGGUCCCAGCAGUAGCGAGGACAAUGGUCCAUCGCAGCUCUCCCUGCUGCAGCAGACAAAGUCUUUCUUCGAGCGCAUCCAAAGUGGCAGCCUGCAGUCUGAAAACGCAGUGUCGCCCGGUGAAUCUCCAAUCAUUCCGGAACAGCUCGCCGUUGUCAAGCAACUUUUCCCCGCUUCCAAGCGGCUGAAGAUCCCCAGCAUUCAAAAAAGCCCGUCAAAGUUUUCCCCCGUCAAAUCGGACGCCAGGCCGUGCCCGAAUCUUCGACCCAGGAGCACAGAACAGCUCCAGAGGCUCGCGGGCUGCUUCAGCAGUCCGAGGAAGAGGAAGUCGGAGACCCCUCCAAAGCUGAGUCCAGAGGUCCUCUACUGUACGUCUCCGAAGGCCAUGAACUGGCUAUCGUUUCCGGACCGUUCGGAACCGCAGAAGUCCGUGCUUACUCUGGAGGGCCACGCGCUAAUGCAACAUUUACGAGAUGUCAUGGGUGAUGUCGAGGACAGCCUCCCGGAACCAAAGGCAAAGAAGGAGCAUUUUGAGGAAGGAGUGAAUCUGUCGCAGGACCUGCAACGCAUUUGCCGCAGGAGGUCCUACAGCAAGAACGACGUCCCUCAGGGAGAUUGCUUUCAAGAACUUUCGCAGACGUAGUAGAUACAGCAAAUUUUAUAAAUGUGUACAUAAUCACGUUCCUGAUACUUUGUGAUUAACGCCGGACUGAUUUGGGGGUCUGCUACUUCUCCGCCUAAGCCGACCGGAACAUGCAAUCGGGCUAUAUACGAGGCGCAUCAAAUCGUUUAUUUUUUCAUCCGAGCAAAACAUGAAGUACAAAUACCCCAGCUCAUGGACUUACUGACAAUUUAUGACAGUGUGUUACUAUUUAAGAAAUGUACAGUGUGUUAAAUGCAAUUUCAUUUUGUGACUUUGUCACUACGUACCUAGGUGGUGAUGUUCGUGACGCUUUCAUAAAAGUUUCCUUUAGUGUGAUAUAUCAUCUAAAUGCACACUGUUUAAUGUGAUGCAAACAAGAAGGGCGACGCAAGCGAAUAUUGAAAAAUAUGUGACGGAUAGUAAGGACGAUUUUGUCCCCAAGGACGUGGUUUGGAUCGACAAGGCGAAAUGCGAGCUGAAGUUCGGACUUGCAAAUCGAUGUUGAACCAUCCUGAACCCUAUGUCUAUGCUGUGAGAUACUAACUUAAUUAAUCAUGGACCGAGAGUUGUAUUUUGAUUUUGCGGGUUUCGUGGGAUGAAAUUUCCGAGCUUUUGGUGCAAGCAUUGAGAGUGAUUUCCAAAUAAGUUGCGUCUUUUUUUCCCUCUAGUCUGUCGGUACUUUGCCAUUGAGAUCUAUUCAAUUUGAGGAGGUAAUAGGUGUUUGCACAGCCCAUUUUGUAAUUUAGCUAUUUGCAAUUUUAGUGUGUGUGUGAUUUCGCUGUGCAUGCUCGUGUAUGAUCUGCUACACAGACAAAAUGAAAUAGUAUUUGAGAGGACAGCAAUAAUAAAAUGUAGUAUUUAAAGUGUAUCGUCAGAGUAAAAGUGUUCUAACCGCUAGUAAGAUUGUAUGACAGCUAUUUUAUGACUCUCUUCUUUCUUUGAGCAAGGUCUGAAUUCACAAACUGUAUGUACGAUGCCACUUUGAAGAGACAAGUCGUGAGGUUACACAUCUCCGUGACACUGCACGUGGGCAUCUUUUAGAAGAAUAAAGAAUGUAACGCAGUGAU